GCAGGGUUGGCGGUGCAUCAUGGGAAAUAAACCAACAUGGGGACCUGAUCCAAGUACCAAACCACCAUGCAGUGCCUGCACAGUUUUUGAUUAAGGAAAACGAACAAUGAUUAUCAUCAUAACCUCAUGCUAAAGAGACGCGGUUAUAAAGUUUCAGAACUAAACAGCUGAACUUGACGGCGCCUAGUAAUCUAUGGUCCGGGAGAAUGUGAUUGUUUUGUCCGGCGCCGCGCUCGUAUGUGUGCCUACUGCUUCACAAAGCGCCAUCGGGGAAGUGCAUCACUCCCAGCCUUCGACGGAUGAUGGACCGGAAUUACCCGAAUUCCAGUUUCGCAGACCCGCUGGCUCCACCAGCACAGACCGUAGCCUGGGCCUAUGAGCGGAGCACCGCAAGCAUAAAGCCAAGUGCCAGUUAUGGUGCCACACACCUGGAGUCGGAGCUCCUCCAUCGGCAGACCUACGCCUGCACCCAGCUGCCCACCUACACCACUACCCAUCACCCUACAGGUCUGUCAGGGGGGUUUGACUCAGGCACUAACACUACUGAGACCUCUGUCAUGAACUUCCUGUCGGCCAUGGAGUCUAGAGCCCUGCAGCAGGCUGGUCCUGUCGGGGCCUCUCUGCUCCCCCCCUUUAGGACCACCACGUGGCAGACCGGUGCCAACCCCACCACAGAGCUGUUCCUCACUGGUGCCCUUCCUACCAGCGCCACAUUCCCCUACCCUGCCCCCCUCUCCUCUUAUCAGCACCCUAGUGCCUUCCCCUCGCGGAGCUACGCCACCAGCCCCUCCCUGGCCCUCCAGGACCACGCCUUCAGCACCUCCACCAACGGCCUGCUCUCCUCCCACCUCGACCCCCUGCUGCAGCUUAAACCCAGCCAGGCCACGCUACCUACCUCCCUGGCCUUCGACCGCCUCCCCACCCCCUCCCUGGGCACCGCCCUCCCUCCCCAGUCAUCCACAUAUCGCUCGGCCCAGGAGUCGGCCCCUCACCUCCUGCAGCCCCAGUUUGGGCUACUGCCCUUGGCUACCCAGUCAGCCCCCCAGCCUUACGGGGUGCCCGUCUUCUCGGGCUCCAUCGAGAGAGCACUCCAGCGGGAAUGUAGUGUGAUCAAGCACCACCAGAGGCCUUCUAGCAGCAGCCACGCUGUCUCGGAGCAGCUGCCUGGCUUGCAGCAUUCCCUGCAGGGCUACCUCGGCUCAGGCAGCGGGGAUGGCUCCUUCCAGCAGGACCCCUCGAGGCAGACCACAGUGCCCUGCAGCACCUCCAUGGGGACGGACUCCUCCCAGGGGGUCAACGGUGCGCAGCAGCCUAAGACUGGUGUGCAAUCUCAGGCCUACCCCUCCUCCAUCCCCUCCCCCUCUGGGUACUGCUCGUCCUCCACGGGUGCCAAGACUAAAGACUGUUCUUCCAAACUGGCCCCAGAUGGCGGACCCCAGUCACAGGGUGGCUCUCCAGAGAGCUACCCCUCCCCAGGGCAGGGGCCUGGGUUGAAGCAUGGUUCGGUGAUUGCCAGCCAACAGACUCAGCCAUACACAUCGGCCCCGCUGCCCAGUCUGCUGUCCACUCUCAGCCACUCUCAGAGUUACAUCACCUCCCAGGCUUACUCCUCUUCCUCCUCAGACCUCCUCAGGCCUUCUCUCUAUAAGACUCUGCCCUCCUUCUCUGGCCAUUCAGGCAAUGUAGCGUCUGUCAGUCAGUCCCUGGUCUACUGCUCCAGCCCUGGGCAGAGCCAGGAGGAUGUGGGCCAGUACGGAGCCCAGGUUCAGGGCCUGUGUCUGGGCAACCCCUCUCAGAGCUCCCCUGCCAGCCACUCUCAGGGUGCCCCUAACGUGAGCUACCUGUCUCAGGGGCAGGCUACGGUCACUCAGUCUCAGAGCUACGCUGCAGGACAAUCCCUCAGCGCCCCCUACCCCUCCGCCAGCGCCCAGAGGUUACCCACAUCAAUAUCGGGCCAGGGCUACACCCCCUUCUCUUCAGCCCCUCCCCUCGCCUUACAGAACAACUGCAGAUCCUCAGUACAGGACCUAAAGCCAGCCUACUGCAAACUGAAACUGGAAGGGGAGAUCCCCAUCGAGGACCUCCAGGCUCUCCAGCAGGUCUCUUUAGAAACCUCCAGCCUGGGGGGCAGUGACAAUGUGGUCUACGUAGUCUCCAAAAUGGAUGACCGUUACAACACUCAGAGUGUGAUCCGGAGCAACUCGCGAGCUGAAGACCAGCUCAUGGGCCCAAAGACUAGGACCAACGCCCAGCUCAUGUCUUCCCAUGAGGAGCUCAAACAGCACUCACUCCUGCUCAAAGGGCCCGAGCCACGGCAACAAAAUCACCAGGCCAACGCCCAGUCUGCCCUGAACCACACCCAGAACCAGUACAUCAGGGUCCCCAACUCUCAGGUUCUACUGGAGCCUAAUCGGGACCAGCAGAUGGUCCUGAUCCAACAGCCUCUCAUCCACUGUGGUCUCAACCCUUCCAAGGUGCAACUGACCCCGGGGUCAGGCCAGGUCCAGUACCUUCACAUGGAGGGAGAUCAUCUGAUCAGCGUUAGCCUUAAUGGCAGCCAGAGCCAGCCUGGGGCAAUAGGACAGAACACCAUCACGGACUCCUCCAUACUGCACCUCUCUUCGCCAAAAGACCCUUACAGCCAGUCGACCAAUCAGCAGCAGUCGCAGGACGCCAAACACCAUUUCGCCCUGAGCUCCAUCUGCUUCCCAGAGUCCAUGCUGCUGGCGGACGAGAGGAACAUCCUGUCCAACGUGGACGACAUCCUGGCUGCCACGGCAGCCGCCUGCGGUGUCACGCCGCAGGACUUUGUCAAAGCCACGUCUGGCGCUGCUGAGGGCGGCAUGCCCGACCCCAAGGGUCAUUUCCAGACUGUGGACACCAGACACCAGUCACCUAGUUUCUCCUCUUCAUCUUCCCAGACCUCCAUCACCAACACUAACUCCCAUAACACCAUGACCCUGACACUCAAUGGCUCUCCUAUGACCUCAGACGGACACCAGUUUCCUAAAGGGGAGGGGCAUCUGGGGCAACAGUACUCAAUGUCACAAUCGCACACCACUGUAGUUGACCCCAGGCACGACAUGGGCGCCGACAAGGGUUUGCUACGGAAGCCCGGAGACGAGCCAAACAACAUUUCACCCAAAGGACAGUCUGUUUACCCUAGCAACAGGGCCGAUGGCAACCCCAACGGAGGCCACUCUGAGAAUGAGUACCACCUGGCUGGCCUGGGGUACGACCCCUCAGGGAACCUCAACAGAGGCAAGGCCAAUAAGCAGAACCCCAAAGGGUCCAAAGUCAUCAAGAGAGAAGACGGCCUUGACGAGUGUCCCUCUGACGGCUUUGUCAACCCCAAAAAGAGGGUGCGCUCCAAGGCUUCGGCCAAGCCACCCGUUCCAGAGGAAGAGAACAUCCAACCAAGGAAAAAGACAGUCCAGGCCAAGAGGCAGAACUCCCGGGGCAGCGACCCCACCAGCUCCCCCUCCACCUCGGAGGCGGCCUACGACAGCUACCAGCAGCAGGAGAGGAUGAGGCAGAAGAUCCGUGAGGUGGAGGAGCAACAGCCAGAGGUCAAAACAGGCUUCAUCGGCUCCUUUCUGGACUUCCUCAAGUCAGGUCCCAAACAGCACUUCUCCUCAUCCCCCGUACGGACCCCCAGUCGCUCCCGCAGGCCCUCGGCUUCGUCCAAGCGGCCACUGUGCGCCAUACCGCCUCUACCUCUGAAAAUACAACCUCCAUCAGCCCCGUUGAUAGGCGAUGAGGGCCUUGGCGUUGCGGGGAGCUCUCAGCAGCAGCGUCUGGAGGAAGAGCUCCAGAAGAACCUGGAGACACUGCCAUCGUUCAGCUCGGACGAGGAUGAGAGCAGCGCUGGAAAGAACCAGGCCCUCCAGAACAGCAUCAGCUCAGCCCUGUCGGCCCUGGACGAGCCCUCAGACAGGACACACAAAGCGGACAGACUCUCCAACUCUCCCCUGAAGCCAGACCAGGCUCCCAGCAUGCCUCACUCAGCCUCCAAAGCCCAGGAGCAGCAGACGGCUGCACCGAAGGAGUCCUCGACAACCGUCUUGUCAUCAUCGGUGACUGGGUCGUCGGGGCAGGAGGGGGCGAAGCCGGCGCCCCCAGGCCAGCUGGCCGUCCAGCUGACCAGCGUGGCCAUAGAAGGACUGACGGACGAAGAACUGUCGGACAGCGGGGGAGAGGGCAUGUACCGCGAGAGGGAUGAGUUUGUGGUCAAAAACGAGGACACCGGGAGCCUGAAGGUGACAUUGACAGCAGGACAGGAACCCCCAGCCAUCUGGAAGGUCCAGAAAGCUCUGCUGCAGAAGUUUGUCCCUGAGCUGAGGGACAGCAAGAGAGUGUUCUCAGCCACUAACAGUUAUCUGGGCUACUUUGGUGACGCUAAGACCAUGUACAGGAGGGUGUACGUCAAGUUCCUGGACACGGUCAACAAGAAGGAGUACGUCCGGGUCUGCAACCGCAAACCCCGCUGCAAGCCCAUGUCCUCCAUGAGAGGCUCUCAGGCGAAGACACUGCUCGGUCUGAAGACUUCUCCCCGCUCAGUGAACUCUGACCCUCUCGCCACGCCCACAUCACAGAAGUCCCAGUCCAAGCCCCGCACCAAGCAGCCCAAGACCAAGGUAGAGCCCCCGCCCAAGAAGAGGAGGAAGUGGAAGGAGUACUCUCCGUCUCCCUCCGAGUCCUCUCCUGAGGAUGAGGCUGAAGAUGAUGAGUUCACUCCUCCAGUGCCGUUUUCCUCUCGGUUCCUCAACACCAGGACCAUGAAGGAGACGUUUAAGAGCUUUGUAGAGCUGCUGAUCAGCGUCGCCCUGGAUGCAGACGUGAUGAGCGCUCUGGAGAGGGAGAACGAUGAGCUGUUGCUGCCCCACAUGAAGAGAGUGGACGGGAUGAUCUGGGACAACAGGAGACGCCUGCUGCCCAGACUACGAGUGGGACAACUCUUUAAGACUGCGCUGGACAGCUUCCCAGAGAUCUCCGUGGUAACAGAGCUCAACAAGGAUGGGGAGACUCCAGCCUUUAAGGUGCGGCUCAGUGGGAAGGCCUACAACAGGAAGAACAUGAAGCCUUCCAAGUCCCCCAGCAAACUGCCCCUGGAAUACACAGUGGACCAGCAGAAACCACAGUGGUUCUCCCUCUACCAUUCUCUACAGCAUUACAAGUACCACACAUACCUCAUGUGUCAGGAGGAGAUUGCGUCAUUGCGGGUGCAGGCUGGUGACAUGGGGCAGGAGGAGACGGUGCAGCUGUGCAUGAGGAACGGAGCCUGGGUGGAGGGCCUGUUCGACCGCUUCGGAGAGCUCCUCAACCAGGUGCAGCAGGCCUGCCUAUAGCACGGACUAAGAGGGAGAGAGAGAGCUGGAGGGAGAGAGAGGCCUGCCUGUAGCACAGACUGAGAGAGAGCUGGAGGGAGAGAGGCCUGCCUAUAGCACAGACUAAGAGAGAGAGAGCUGGAGGGAGAGAGGCCUGCCUAUAGCACAGACUAAGAGGGGGAGAGAGGCCUGCCUAUAGCACAGGGAGAGGGGAGAGAGAGAGGGAGAGAGGCCUGCCUAUAGCACAGACUAAGAUAGAGAGAGAGAGCGAGCUGGAGGGAGAGAGGCCUGCCUAUAGCAUGUAGGGAGAGAGACAGAGUGAAGGACAGAUAGGGGGAGGUCUGCCUAAAACAGACUGAGAAAUGGGAAGGGGUCUAUAGUGAAGAGAGAGAGCAAGGGGGGGGGGGGGACAGAUGUCUUCCUACAGCCCAGAGAGAUGGAAUAAGAGGCCUGCCUAUAGCCUGCCCAGACAAGAGAGGCAGGGGAGCUAUAGUCAGCUGACAGAGAGCAUCAACCUCCUGCCCUCCUGUUUUAAUCUACUAAUUGGAUGACCAGAGGUUUCUGGAGAUCAGCGCUGUCACCAUGAUGAGAAGAGGAGGGUCCAGCAUUUCAGCACUACCUGAUUGGCUAGACGCUUCUGAAACCACAGAGUACGAGGACAAUCUGGGUUUUGUAGUAAAAAAUAUGUAACUAGCAGACUGCUAGUGGACCUUUUCAUAGACCUAUUUUUCUUAUGUAGUUUUGUAUUUGUUUUGCAAAUCAUGAAAGAUCGCAACCAAUGAGCAUGCACUAGAUAGGCAGAGAUUAGCAUAGGAAAUAGAGGACAGCCAAUCAGAAAGCACACCCUUGACUACCUACAGCAAACUUUUGGGUUCGAUUCAAUCGAUUGCGCUGAAGAUCAGCGAUGUGGCGUAAUUUUAAAGGUAAAUACUGAUUGAGCCGACAUAUGCAGAGUUUACAGUGAAUGCAGUUUCUGGGAACAUCGCUUUUAAAUUUCUAUCGUGCUGAGAUCUUCAGCACUACAGAUUGAAUCAAGUCCUUAGUCCGAUAUUUGAUGAGUAAAUUAAGGGGCAGGGGUUAUUAUAUAAAUAUAUAUUCAUAGAUCUAUAUGUAAAACAUGUUUUCUCACAAUGGAUCGCCACAUUUCUAUACAUAUAAUGUACAUUUUGUAAAAAGAGCAGUUUUGUCACAUUGAUUCUUUCCAGGAAGAAUUGGAUAUAAUAUAGAUACUUACCUUUUGUGCUUCAAAAAGUCAUUUUCUCAUGACGAGUUGUGGAUCCGAACAGAGUUGGUGCAAUUCUAACACUGCUUUUUGUCUUUUAUUCUAAUGAAAUGCUAUUACCUAACUGCUGUAUCUGAGGUCGAAUGAGAAGAAAACAGAAAAACAGCCUUUAUACUCGUUUUUCUUUACAAACGUACAUUUUAUCUCACUUAUAGAUGUAUUUUUCACAGAAGAAAAUUGUGGUCAUAAUUGUUUCUUGUUCAUUACACCUUGCAAUGCACUUUUCAUUGUUUUUCAGAGAAGAUUCCCUAUGCGUUUAUUUCGAUUACAUAUUGUAUACUUACAUAUAUAUAUAUAUAUCUUAAAGGUCUAAUGCAGCUGUUUUGUCUCAAUAUCAAAUCAUUUCUGGGUAACAGUUAAGUACCUUACUGUGAUUAUUUUCAAUUAAAAUUGUCAAAAUGAAACCAAUGGCUUCUUAGCACAGAGCAAUUUAUCAAUCAAGAAUGUUCCCAGGACUGUGGGAGUGGUCUGAGUGGGGAAGGGAAAACGAUCUGUUAUUGGCGGAGAGGUUUGGAACUUUGUGUAACCUAGGUUCAAUAAGAAUGAGUCUUAUUGGUCGAACUCAUUUGAGCAGGUCAAAACUCCAUCCCACCAAAAACAGUUGGAAAUGUCAGGUACUCUUUUCAAACAGCUCUCACACUAAAAGGGCAUUGUCAUCAUUUUCACAAUUUCACAGUAUUAUUUCAACCUCUGUGGAAAUGUAAAACAGAAAAAUCACAUUCUUGACUGCACUGUGCUUUUAAGAUCAUUUUUCUUUAAGGGUUUGCCUCCAUUUUGAACAGAUUUAUUCAGACCGCAUUUGAAUAGUUUUUUUUCUUUUCAAGUGUAGCUGCCGAUUUAUUUUUCUGAUGUGAAAAUACAUUUCCUACUAAACAUAGACAUUGAAAUGGUU